AUGGACAAUGACGAGGACGACGAUGGUAACUUUACAAAAUGGAUGAGUAGUUACUGGGGUCACGGAGCUGAGGGUGCACACUCCAGAGAAAGAAAACACAGCUUCAGAAGACCUGCAAGAACACAAGGUGAUCGAAGAGCAUCACUCCCGACUGUGUCACAGUUGGACGCCAUGAAGUUGAGCAGGCUCCAUGCAGCGACGAUAGCGUCCUCUCCCAGCCACAGCAAGACGAGAGAUGAGAAGACGGAGGUCAGACCCCACCAGAGGGCUCGCCGUUCCUCCUCAGACGACAACAGUCGCCAAAAGAACGCCAUCCCAGAGAACCGUAUCACCACCAUCCCGGAGCUCACAGAGUCCUUCGAGAGGAGACUUUGUGUCCGUGAUAAGAGGGCCAGCGGUGAUGAGAGGUUGUGUCUGAUCUGUCACGAGGACAUGCGUACGAACAGAGGCGCACAAGAGCUGCACUGUACACAUCGCUUCCACAAAGAGGCGGCUCGCAGGCUAGAGCAGUGUCGGCCCCACAGCAGCGGCAAAGAGGCAGCAGCUUCUCAGGUGAGGAGACUGUCGGACGAGAGGAGGAAGUCCGCAGACGGCCCAAUCUACAUGGAGAAUGAGCAGCAGACACUCCGUCGUCAACUUUCCCUGCGGAGACAUCGCUGA